CACACACAAUCUCACACCAUUAACCAAAAAAACCAUCUCUCUCUCUCUCUCUAAACAUGGCGGAGGAGAAGCAGAAGCACAGCGGCGGCGGAGCAGGAGGAGGAAUUGUGGCGGUGGAUCCAAAGCCCAGUAAUGGCCUGACUUCAAAAGUGAUCGACUUUGUUGAAAAACUGAUUGUCAAGCUCAUGUACGACUCUUCUCUGCCUCACCACUAUCUCUCCGGUAACUUUGCUCCGGUUCGGGAAGAGACCCCACCCACCACUGAUCUUCUCGUCAAAGGUCACCUUCCGGAUUGCUUAAACGGAGAGUUUGUUAGGGUGGGUCCUAACCCAAGGUUUUCUCCUGUUGCUGGAUAUCACUGGUUUGAUGGAGAUGGUAUGAUUCAUGGUUUGCGCAUCAAAGAUGGGAAGGCAACCUAUGUCUCCCGCUAUGUAAGGACAUCUCGGAUCAAACAAGAAGAGUAUUUUGGAGGUGCUAAAUUUAUGAAGAUUGGAGAUCUUAAAGGGCUGUUUGGAUUACUCAUGGUGCACAUGCAAAUUCUGAGAACAAAGUUGAAAGUAUUAGAUGUCACAUACGGAAAUGGAACAGCUAAUACAGCUAUGGUGUAUCAUCAUGGGAAACUUCUAGCACUUUCUGAGGCAGAUAAACCUUAUGCUGUUAAAGUUUUGGAGGAUGGAGAUCUCCAAACACUUGGUAUGCUGGACUAUGACAAGAGAUUAUCACAUUCUUUUACUGCUCAUCCUAAGGUUGACCCAUUCACUGGCGAAAUGUUUACAUUUGGCUAUUCACAUACACCACCAUAUAUCACCUACAGAGUAAUUUCCAAAGAUGGUUUCAUGCAUGACCCAGUACCAAUAACAAUAUCGGACCCCAUCAUGAUGCAUGACUUUGCCAUUACUGAGAACUAUGCGAUUUUCAUGGAUCUUCCAUUGUAUUUCAGACCAAAGGAAAUGGUGAAGGGGAACAAGCUGAUAUUCACAUUUGAUGCAACAAAAAAGGCUCGCUUUGGUGUACUUCCUCGGUAUGCAAAGGAUGAGCUGCAAAUCAGAUGGUUUGAGCUUCCAAAUUGCUUCAUAUUCCAUAAUGCUAAUGCUUGGGAGGAGGAGGAUGAAGUUGUUCUGAUCACUUGUCGACUUCAGAAUCCAGAUCUGGACAUGGUCAAUGGGCUUGUCAAAGAAAAGCUUGAAAACUUCACAAAUGAGCUGUAUGAGAUGAGAUUCAACAUGAAAACUGGUCUAGCUUCACAGAAGAAAUUAUCUGCAUCUGCUGUAGAUUUUCCUAGGGUGAAUGAGAGCUACACUGGCAGGCGACAACGAUAUGUAUACGGAACCAUACUUGACAGCAUUGCAAAAGUGACUGGGAUAAUCAAAUUUGAUCUGCAUGCUGAACCAGACACUGGAAAAACAAAGCUUGAAGUUGGAGGAAAUGUUCUAGGCAUCUAUGACUUGGGACCUGGCAGAUUUGGUUCUGAGGCUGUUUUUGUCCCUCGUGUGCCUGGCAUUACUUCUGAAGAAGAUGAUGGCUACUUAAUAUUUUUUGCCCAUGAUGAGAAUACUGGAAAAUCAUCAGUGAAUGUAAUUGAUGCAAAAACAAUGUCACUGGAUCCUGUUGCAGUUGUUGAGAUGCCCUGCAGAGUUCCAUUUGGAUUUCAUGCCUUCUUUGUAACAGAGGAGCAACUUCAAGAGCAAGGGAAACAGUGAUUGCUUGAAUGUUGGAAAUCUCAAAAUAAAUUUAAGAUGGAGAAACUGCAAGUGGAGACAUAUAAAUGUAAAUUAUGUACACUAGACCUCUUUGGCAGUACUUUCCCAAUAUUGUAUAUGGAGAUCUUCCAAAUUUAAGCAGUAAAUAUACUUGGUAAUAAUUCCUUUUC